GGUCAGGAACGGGUCAGGAAAGGACGGGAGUGAAGGAAUUCUCCAAAAACUUUCCCAACAAAGUCAAGUGGUUUAUUUCUGCCACACUUUCGGCUCACGUUUGGAGUUUAUCUUUGAAUUUAAAAACAACCCGCUCACGCUGUGUUUAUCGGUGAUGAAGUGAAUGUAAAAAACCCGAGAGGAAAACAGGAAAACUUCUGGAAAGAUGCCUGAGCGACUGCAUCCCUCCCUCCAAAGUUCAGCGAAGGUGGCUAACGUUAGCUAGCAUCGGCUAAGCUCAUUAAAUGCGAGGUGAAACAAUAUUUAUUUACCAAAAAGAGUAAGAGUGCGUUUAGUUGUGGUUGAAAACGCGUUUGCUUCGUCUAAUCAUCUGACAGGGAAAGUUUUCGUCUCGGCUCGGGUUGUAAUGCAAAGCUAGUGAGCUAGCAUCUUUUAUCAUAGCUAAAAAAAAAGAGGAAUAAUAACAACAAACUUCUCGUUUUUAAGUCACGUGGGGGCUCCAGCAUGAAAAGACUGCAACUAUUUAACACCUCAGUCAACUUUGCUCCUAGUUCUUGAACAGCAUCAUCUCCAGAGCUGAGAUGGGAGAGGAUGGACAUCAUUUAUCUUCCUGUGGAUCCAAAAGGAUAUGAGCUGUGGAUUAUUUUAAAGAAGUUAAUCUGAGAUUUGUGAUUUCUAUACCUGCAGCCGGUCGCUUGCUCUUUUUUUUUUUUGAGUGAUCACAUCCUGUUAAAUAGUUUCUGCUGCACUUUAUAUCCUGGAGCAUUCCUGUAUUAUUGUGACAGUUCUUCAGCUCUACCUGGAGGGUUUACAUCCUAGAUGAAAAGGAGUGUGCCACAAUGAAGGUGACAGUAACCUUUGGACAGACUGGUGUGGUUGUCCCUUGCAAAGAAGGUUGGACUGUGAGAGACCUCAUCCAGCAAGCCACCCAGAGAUACAGAAAACUCCUUGAGCAGGAAGGAGAAUACCUGGUUCGGACUCACCAUGUCGAGUAUUGCGACGGGGGGAUUCUGGACCCUGAUGAUAUACUCAGUGAUCUGGUAGAAGACCGAGACAAGCUGAUGGCAGUCUAUGAGGAACAAGAAGCCCAGCAGAAGGAUGUUGCAAACACCAGCCUCACACCGAGUCUUGACCUUCACCAGGUUGAACUCUCCGCAUUCCAGCCAAUUACUGGAGGAGAGAUUGAAGUCAAUUCCUCAGCGCUCAAGUCUAACACACCACUGUUGGUGAGAAGCAGCAGUGACUCAGCCCUCAAUCCCCAAACAACAGAGGUCGAAGCCACCUUCGGUGAAGAAGACUCUGUGAUGACAGCCAUUCCUGUUGUAGAGAGACCUACAGGGGUGGAUCGAUCUCAAGGGAAACAGACUUUCAAUGAGAGUCUGAUCAGAGUGGUGGAGAUCCCAGGAGACGACAGUCCACUGGGGAUCCAUGUGGUUCCCUACUGCUCUUCACUUAGUGGACGGUCCCUUGGUUUGUAUAUUCGUGAUGUGGAAGAAGAGAGCCGUUCAAGAAAGGAAGGCUUGUUUCUAGAGAAUGAGUGCAUUGUGAAAAUCAACAACAUCGACCUCAUGGACAAGACAUUUAGUCAAUCUCAGGACGUCUUUCGUCAGGCGAUGCGUUCUCCACUUGUUCGUUUGGAAGUACUCCCUUCCUUCAGCAGAGAAAAAUAUGAGAAGUUUCUGAUUGGUCAACUGUUUGGCAGCAGUACUGGUGUCAAUGGCAGCCCUCGUACAGCCAAGGCCAAAGACCCACCUCCACCUGUCAAAGCCAAACCGGAUUUUAAGCCCCCUGAGAAUCAAACUGCUCGACUUACAGAAGAAGCUCUUGUUCCUGAAGCUGUUUCUCCUUCUGUGGGGAAAAGUGAAAGCCCCCUCCUCACGAAAAGCCCCACGCUCUCUGGCUUGGUGUCCAACAAGAAAGGAGGACGAAGGCUACGGAUUGAUUUAAAGAAAGGUUCAGAAGGUCUUGGGUUUACCGUGGUAACCAGAGAUUCUUCAGUGCAUGGUCCAGGCCCUAUUCUGGUCAAAAACAUUCUGCCACGUGGAGCUGCUGUCAAGGAUGGUCGACUUCAGUCGGGAGACCGCAUCCUAGAGGUAAAUGGUGUGGAUAUCACAGGGGUGGGCCAGGAGGAGUUGGUGUGCAUGCUCCGCAGCACUCGUCAAGGAGAGACUGUGUCUCUGGUGGUCUUAAGACAGGAAGACAUGUUCCUCCCCAGAGAAAUGAAGGACGACGUGUCUCGUGCGACCUGCAUUGUUCCAGAGAGUGGCAAAGAACAGCUGAUGUUUGAGAUACCCCUCAAUGACAGCGGCUCCGCGGGACUCGGCAUCAGCCUCAAAGGGAACAAGUCCAGGGAGACGGGGGAGGAUCUGGGAAUCUUCAUCAAAUCCAUCAUACAUGGAGGGGCUGCAUACAAGGACGGCCGUCUGCAUGUUAAUGACCAGCUCAUAGCGGUGAACGGAGAGUCGCUGCUGGGAGGAUCCAAUCAUUCAGCCAUGGAGACACUCCGCCGGUCGAUGUCACAGGAAGGAAACACCAGAGGAACCAUCCAGCUAGUGGUGCUGAGGGUGUUAAAGGAUCAACAUGAGACGUCACCCAAUCGCUCAUUUGACGGCUCAGCUGGCUCGUUUGGUCUGAUCAGUCCGGCAAAAGGUCCAUCACGAUUGUUCAGUCUGGACUCCGUUCAGCCUCCCAUGGUGGCAAACUCUCUCUACAUCUCCAGUGUACCCAAUGGGGGUUAUUUUCACAUGGAAGAGGAGGAGGAGGGAGUGCCGUGUGGACAGGAUGCUGAGAUCUGCAGCCCUAACCAACACCCGUAUUCACAGGAAAGGGAAAAUUUAAACACAUCGAACUCGGCUCAGCCUCAGUCCCCCUCCCAGAACCAGAACCAGCAGCACUUCCAGCACAUCAAAGCCUCCAAAAGCAUGGACCUGGGUACGACUCAAAGCCAGCAUCACAUUGUCGCCGACGAGAGCAACGUUGGAUCACUCAGUGUAGUCACUUCUGCUCCUUUAUCUCCCGGGGAUCUUGGCCCAACUCUGGGCCUGAAGAAGUCCAGCUCCUUGGAGAGCCUCCAGACAGCCAUGUCAGAGGUCAAUAAGAAAAACGAACUCCUCCCAUUCCACCGACCUCACCCAAAUAUGGUCAGGGGAAGAGGCUGCAACGAGAGCUUCCGAGCAGCUAUUGAUAAAUCCUACGAUGGUCCAGCUGAAGAAGAUGAAGACGAAGGUUCAGAGCUGAGUUCAGGUUGUGACACUCCUGCAAGUAGUUCAUCCCACCAGGGAGCUAAUGAUCAAACGGAGGAGAAAGGCCAAAAAGACAAGAAAAAGAAAGAGAAAAACAAGAAGAAAGAAAAAAACAAAGGGAAAGGGAACAGGAAGGAGAAAAAGAAAGCAGAUGAGCUGGAGGAAACCGAAAAGAAGAGCAAAAAAAAAAGCUUUGGCCUUCUGAGAUUUGGGAAGAAAAAAGAGGAUAAGAAGGAAGGGAAGGAGGCGAAGGCAGCUCUGCAGCGACAGAAGUCAGACAUCCUGAGUGAGCUGGAGCUGGGCAGGAUGAAAGAAGAAAGAGAGAGGAUUGAGGCGGGACAUCCUGAGUUGCAUAACCAGCUGUCCAGAGACCAGCGAGCUGGCAGUGGUGGGUCUGCAUAUCCAGACUUGGAGGACGACGAUGACCCAAAUUAUGCUCAGAUUCAUCCCUUCCGGGACCCAGAGACUGGUGCACCACCACAGCCAGCGCCUCAGUCAACUCUCUAUAGUUCAGUGCAUCAUGGUCACACCCGCACACCUUCACCACAAGGCCCCUCGGGCUUUCAAGGACCUGGGAAGCCUUUUAAUGAACAUGGAGGCAUGCCAGAUGAUGAUAGGCUCUACGCUAAAGUCAACAAACCAAGGGGUGCUGGGACAUCAUCUCCUGCCCAUGCUAAUGACAGUGUGGACAGAAUCCAGCAGCUAAAAAGGGAGUAUCAGCAAGCGAGACGAGAAGGAAUGGUGCCACCUUAUGAAGAGACAGAAUCAAGACGUCGAUGGCACGAAAGCGACCCACACAGGUUGCCAGUUAGAGGGACGAACCAUCGUGUAACACCACAGUACGAAGAGGUGGAGCGUCAGUAUGCAUCCUUACCGAGACGAGGUCCGUUGGAUCCUGCAGAUUAUCCCGUCCAGCCAUGGGCAGGUCAUUACCCCGGGCCUCCCCAGGCCCAGCAGGGAUACCCCCAAUCCCAGACCUACUCCAACUCCCAGCCUGGCUUGUCUCAUUCCAACUACCCACCUGGCCCGCCAUACCCACGACCAGGAGACCCUCGGGGGAUUGAUGCUGGGUACCAUCCCCACCCCAGCUCCCAGCAGAGAGGGCCCUUACGACAGGAUGUGCCCCCAUCUCCUCCCCUCCGGGCCCCACGGUAUGGAACUAUGACCCAUGGAACUGUGGGGGGAGGGUACAGGCACCUGAUGGAUCCCAGUACACACCAGUAUGAUCAAACUGUGGAACAACUGAAGCAGCAACACCAAAACAAAAGAGGACAGAAGAAUGCUACAAAUGCGGCUGUUUAAACAAACCAGGUCAAGAGAUUAAACCGCAGAUGUAUAAAACAAGCAGAAGCUAGUUGGAGAUGUUUCGGCAAUUUUUAGAAAUUUUCUGUGUAAAUAACAUUUUUAUUCCUCCUAAAUCCAUUGAAUCAGUUUUAUUACAUUUUAAACUAAAAAAUAUAACAAAAUUAACAGGAUUUCACAUUUAAAAACUUUAAUCGUCCAUGACACGUCGAGUUUGAGCAAUAUUAGCGUCAUGCUAAACAAAGCGGCCAUUUGAAGAGCGGGAACUCCUAUAAACUAGUUUCCAUUAACUCUUAAAGAUUUUAUCAGUCACCAUUUGGUCUGUUCCUUCAGGAUUUAAUCACAGUAAAGUUCUGAAUAAAAUCUGGUUAAUGAUGUGCUUUUAUUAAUGCAGCAGCUUUCCAUUUUUUUAUGUUUCUCUGAGUUCAGAUGGGUUUAAUUACAUUUUUAGUAAAAAAAUAAAAUUGACAAGUUCCUACAGUAGCAAUCAUUCAGAUCCGACAUAAAGUCUCUGAAGAGUUCUGAAAUGACCUGUUAGGUUAAGAAAAGAGUCAGAAAUAAAAGGAUUUCUUUGUUUCACAUCACUAAACUCACAGUAUUAUUGCAUGUUUAAUAUGACAGUAAAACUUACUAGAAACAGAAAAUGAUGAAGAAAAGAUUAUUUGAUUGUGAACCUUGAAAAAUGUGUUGUUGUUUUUAUUUCAUGAAUCUUUUAUAGAAUAAAAAGGAUAGUGAAAUAAUCUUAAGUAGUCAGAAAGACAGUUGAGGAAGGUGUGAGGAGAUGGAAACCAGUAAAGGGAGGGAGGGGAUGUAAGAGAAGGUAAGAAUAAAAUACAACAAGGUCACUGAGGCCCAGGUUUCAUCAAAGAAUAACUAAAGCGUGCAGUAGGAGGUGAAAUAUGGAAGGACUGAAUGUAAAGAUUUUUUAUUACACUAUUUUUGUGCUGUUUACUUUUUAAAAUUCGUAAAUAAUAUCAUUUUAUUUCCAUUUUACACUAGUGACUAACUUAGAUACUAUAUAUUAAGAAGGUACAUGAAAAAGAUUUUUAGGAACAAAUCAGUUCUGACAUUUUUAUUUUUGGGGCGUUUCAGUAAAAACAAGCAACAGAGAAAAAUCUCUCAUAUCAGAAUAAUAAAUGAAGUUUUAUUCGUCUAAAUCUGUGUAACUGAAUGUUUCCUCGUUUCUCCGAGUGCCUGAGAUCUGAUGUGAAAUUGUAAUUUUUCACUCUGUUUCUGCACGUAUGUAACUUGUCUCAAGCGUUUCUUUUUAUGUGUUUUUACAACAUUUUUUAUGACGAUCUUUGAUGAAUUUCAGCAGAUUUUCUGUAAAAGCAUGAUGCCUUUUCUCUGUUCACGAGUUUCAUACAAGCCAAAAACAAUCUGUAGAAGAAUUUCAAUCCAACUUUUUUACACAUUUUCAUUUUCAAUCAACCAAAGUUUUUAACUUUGCAUCCGAAAGAAAGAAUUGCACAAGUUGAAGGUACUAUUUUUCUCUUUAUUCUGCCUUUAAAGAAACCACUGACUGAAGGAACCAGCUAAAUAACAUUUCAUAACAUUUUUUAUGAAUAUUAUUCUCCAUUUAUCUAAACAGAUAAAGAAGUAAACCACACUUUAUAAAUGCUGUAACAACUUGUUUUCCAGUAUUUUGCAUUUAUGUAUAUACCACCUUUUACAUUAAACUGUACUUUACUAAA